UCGCUUUCUCUGCUGUUGGACUGUGCUUAGAUAUUAAGAUACAGAGCAAACAAGUAAACCGCUCGUCAGAGAUCUGAAUCCCAUUUUACUCGACAUAUCUCUCCGGUGUAUCGGAUUCUGAUUCCGGAACGACAUUGCUUGAUUUCUGUUUUGCGUUGGCCUGGAUUGAUUGAAGUUAAACGUAGUGACAUUUUACUCUAUAGGUUGAAUCUUGAUGAUCUCGCUCACGGAUUUAUGGUUUUGAGUACAAUCUUGGAGUUUCUAUAUCUCCUAUUGCUGCUACUUGAUUUUGGGCUGAGAAAAUGAAGAGAUUUUAUGGAGGGCUUCUUGUUGUAUCAAUGUGUAUGUUCUUUACGGUGUAUCGAUAUGUGGAUUUGAAUACUCCUGUUGAAAAGCCUUAUAUUUCUGUUUCUUCUGUUGCUGUUACUCCUAACACCACUCUUCCUAUGGAAUGGCUGCGAAUUACACUCCCUGACUUCAUGAAAGAAGCGAGGAACACUCAAGACGCUAUAUCUGGUGACGAUAUCGCUGUUGUCUCGGGUUUAUUUGUUGAGCAGAACGUGUCUAGAGAAGAGAGAGAGCCUCUGCUUACUUGGAACCGUUUAGAAAGUCUGGUUGAUAAUGCGCAGAACUUAGUUAAUGGAGUUGAUGCUAUUAAGGAAGCUGGCAUUGUUUGGGAGAAUCUUGUGGCAGCGGUUGAAGCUAAGAAACUAGUUGAUGUAAAUAAAAAUCAAACAAGGAAAGGGAAAGAGGAGCUUUGUCCUCAGUUUCUUAGCAAAAUGAAUGCAACUGAAGCUGAUGGAAGUAGUCUGAAGUUGAAAAUUCCUUGUGGUCUGACCCAGGGUUCCUCCAUCACGGUUAUUGGCAUCCCUGAUGGUCUUGCUGGUAGCUUCCGGAUUGAUUUAACAGGACAACCGCUUCCUGGGGAGCCUGAUCCGCCCAUUAUUGUACAUUAUAAUGUUAGGCUUCUUGGUGACAAGUCGACUGAAGACCCUGUGAUUGUUCAAAACAGCUGGACGGCAUCUCGUGAUUGGGGAGCUGAGGAACGCUGUCCAAACUUUGAUCCUGAUAUGAAUAAGAAAGUGGAUGACUUGGAUGAAUGCAACAAGAUGGUUGGUAGAGAAAUAAACCGAACUUCUUCAACUAGCUUUCAGUCCAACACUUCAAGGGGCAUUCCCGUAGCCAGUGAAGCAUCUAAACAUGAAAGAUACUUUCCUUUCAAGCAGGGUUUCUUAUCGGUUGCUACACUUAGGGUGGGAACAGAAGGAAUGCAGAUGACAGUUGAUGGGAAACAUAUAACCUCAUUUGCUUUUCGCGAUACACUGGAGCCAUGGCUUGUUAGUGAAGUACGUAUUACGGGUGACUUUAGGUUGAUAUCCAUUCUUGCCAGCGGUUUGCCGACCUCUGAAGAAUCAGAGCAUGUUGUUGAUGUAGAGGCAUUAAAAGCACCUCCCCUUUCAUCAUUAAGGCCACUAGAUCUCGUUAUUGGUGUUUUCUCCACUGCAAACAAUUUUAAAAGACGUAUGGCUGUGAGAAGAACAUGGAUGCAAUAUGAUGAUGUAAGAUCUGGAAGAGUUGCAGUACGCUUUUUUGUUGGCCUUCACAAAAGUCCUCUUGUCAACCUGGAACUCUGGAAUGAGGCUAGGACUUACGGUGAUGUUCAGCUAAUGCCUUUUGUUGAUUAUUACAGUCUCAUCAGUUGGAAAACACUAGCCAUCUGCAUCUUCGGGACAGAGGUUGACUCAGCCAAGUUCAUCAUGAAAACGGAUGAUGACGCCUUUGUUCGUGUAGAUGAAGUACUACUUUCUUUAUCAAUGACCAACAACACGCGGGGGUUAAUAUAUGGACUGAUCAAUUCUGACUCUCAACCUAUUCGAAACCCCGAUAGCAAAUGGUACAUCAGUUAUGAGGAAUGGCCAGAAGAGAAAUACCCCCCAUGGGCACAUGGUCCAGGCUACAUUGUGUCCCGGGACAUAGCAGAAUCGGUUGGUAAGCUUUUCAAAGAAGGAAACCUAAAGAUGUUUAAGCUAGAAGACGUGGCAAUGGGAAUAUGGAUAGCUGAGCUGACGAAACAUGGCCUCGAGCCUCAUUACGAAAACGAUGGAAGGAUCAUUAGUGAUGGAUGCAAGGACGGCUAUGUUGUUGCUCAUUACCAAACCCCCGCUGAAAUGACUUGCCUCUGGCGUAAAUACCAAGAAACCAAACGCUCUCUUUGCUGCCGCGAAUGGUAAACCCAAAAACGUAAACAAACGCACAUUCUUCAAAUCUUUUUGUGGUUCACGUGUGCGUCCACACAGGUACAUAAGAGAAAAGUGUUCCUUUAAUAUGUUGAUUCUUUAGUCACAAAUGUCCUUUGUUUGUUGUACAAGUAGACUAGAUUUGCAGUUUUAGAUUAGGUAUGUAUAUUACAGUACUUGUUUCACUAAGAUGUACUAAAUUUUCCAACUAGUAUUGGUUUAAUUCGAUGGUGGGUAUAGAUAUCAUAAGAGAAUAUUUAAUGCUUUUGCAAUUUCUUCAUAUGAA